AUGCACGACGACAACGACACCGGCAACGCUUCGGGCUCCUCGCCCCUGUAUGCCAACGGCAGCUCGAGCACAAAUGGCCACCUGGCGGAGCGUGGCGAGUCGAGCAGCGCGGCCCGAGCCACCGAGCUGGCGUCCAACGGCACUGGCAACGGCGUCAAGUCGAGCCUUUCGGACAGCGACGAUGACGACCUCGGUCGCCAAGAGGCGGCAUUCGUGCCGCUCUGGCCCGGCAGCGCCAUCGAUAAGCGCGAGCUGGUACGGCUGACGCUGCAGUCCCUCCGCGACCUGGGCUUCGAAUCUUCGGCCAAGGCGCUCGAGGCAGAAUCAGGCCUGACGUUGGAGCAUCCUUCGAUUACGGCUUUUCGCGGCGCAGUCCUGUCUGGCGACUGGAGAAACGCUGAGAGGCUGCUGAUAGACGGGCUCAACUACGCAGCGAGGAAGGCCAGUCGCGGUCAUGUUCGCAUCGCAUCGAACGGCGGAGGGGAACCCUCGACGCUGCCGCUCGACAGCGUCCUUCGGCGGCCGGACGUCACCGGUCUCGACUCGAUCCGAUUCAUGAUCCAACGGCAGCGGUAUCUCGAGCUCCUCGAGGCUCGACAGACCAAGAAGGCGCUGUCGGUGCUGCGGGACCGGCUGACCCCCAUCAACCAGGACACUGAGCAGCUCCAUCUUCUAUCGAGCCUGGUCAUGUGCGCCAACCCGGAGGAGCUGCAGCGGCGGGCAGACUGGGACGGAAGCAGGGGCGAGUCGCGACGUCGGCUGCUCGUGGACAUUGAGAGCGCGGUCUCGCCGACGGUAAUGGUGCCGAGUCGGCGGCUGCCGGCGCUGCUCGAGCAGGCGCAGCACUAUCAGAAGCAGCAGGAUCCCUUCUUCAACCUGAUGCCCGACGCCCACAUCUCGCUGCUGACCGACCACGAGUCGGACCGCUCCGCCUUCCCCUCGGAGGCGGCGCAAAUCCUCCGCGGUCAUCACGACGAGGUGUGGCACCUCGAGUUUUCGCACGACGGCACCAAGCUCGCCACGACGGGGCGAGACAAAUACGUCAUCGUCUGGUCCGUCGAGGACGAGUACCGGAUGCUGGAGCGCUUCGGACCCCACUCCGAUCCCGUAUCGAGCAUAUCGUGGUCGCCCGACGACGAGACGCUGCUCGCCACGUCCGAGAGCGAUGUGACGCUGUGGAGCGUCGGCAGCCACGAGCACCAGACUUUCUCCGAGCACGACUACACGGUCGGCACCGCGGCUUGGCUGCCGGACGGCAGGUUCGUCAGCGGCGGCAUGGACGGCAAGAUCAUCUUCUGGAGCUCCCGCGGAAGCAUGGUCGACGUCAUCAACACAUCGCCUUUCCGGGUCGUUGCUCUUGCCGUGUCGCCAAACGGGCGGCAUCUGGUCGCGGUCAGCAAUCGCGACAGCGCCGUCACCACCGCUGGGCAGACUUCGGCGGGUCGAAGCAGCCACAACCAGCACGCGCCGUCAUCCUCAACGACCGGGUCGUCACAGUACUCGGAGAGCCCGUCGCCCGCCUCAACAUCCGCAGGACAUCACGCCGGCCUGCCGGAGCGCACGGGUCGGGGCCAUGCGGUCGAGGACAUCGGAGGAGGUUCGCGGACCAUGAGCGACGAGAAGCAUCGUAUUCACUUUAUUGACAUCGACACGAGAGAAGAGGUCGGAGCGGUCUACAUGCACGCCGAGAUGAGCAGCGUUUGCAUCAGCCGCGACUCUCGGUUCGCGCUCAUCAACCACCGCCCCGAUGAGGUCCAACUCUGGAACAUUGAGCGGCAGACGAUGGUGAGGAAGUUCACGGGCCACGCGAUGCAGCAGCACGUGGUGCGGUGCGGCUUCGGCGGCAUCGACGAGAAUUUCGUCGUCUCGGGCAGCGAAGACUCGCAAGUCUAUGUCUGGCACCGGCCAUCGGGACGCAGCAUCGAGGUGCUGUCCGGCCACGAGGCGGGGACGGUCAACGCGGUGGCGUGGCACCCCAAGGAUCCAUCGAUGCUGGCAUCAUGCGGCGAUGACCACACGGUCAUCAUCUGGGGGCCGGGUGGCAAGCGGCGAAGGCGAGGAGGGGUGGCUGGUAGGCUCAAAGAGGAGGCGGAUCCGGCGUCGGACGAUAGCCUGAUGUCGUCGGCGGCCAACCCGUUCCCCUGGACCGACGUCAGCUCGCCUACGGCCCAUGAGCCCGUCGGCGCCAUAGAGGCCAUGGACGAAGCCCUCUGA